UAUUGUUCGCUUUUUUUGCAGUACGGCCAGCGUGUGCCAACGGCAGCUUCACCGAGCAACACCAAUUCGAGCAGCUCCUCGAACACCGGCUCCCAGAGCGGCACACUGAGCACCAGCCUGAGCAACACGACGAACACCAACACGAACAUGGGUCCCAACGGCACCGUUCAGAAUCAGAACCAACAGGGCGGCGAGCAGUUGUCGAAGACAAAUCUCUAUAUACGCGGACUGCAGCAAGGCACAACCGACAAGGAUCUAGUUAAUAUGUGUGCACAAUACGGAACCAUUAUAUCAACCAAGGCGAUUUUAGAUAAAACAACAAACAAAUGUUACGGCUUCGUCGACUUCGAGCAGCCAGCCUUCGCCGAGUGCGCCGUCAAGGGACUGCAGGGGAAGGGCGUGCAAGCUCAGAUGGCCAAAGUGGGUAUCUGGGUGCUUCAUAGGCCGGCCAUUCAACAGGAACAGGAUCCCACAAAUUUGUAUAUUGCAAAUUUGCCGCCCCACUUCAAAGAAACUGAUCUGGAGGCAAUGCUAUCGAAAUACGGACAAGUUGUUUCGACCAGAAUAUUGCGUGAUCAGCAGAUGAACUCAAAGGGCGUUGGCUUUGCCCGCAUGGAGAGCCGCGAAAAGUGCGAGCAAAUCAUUCAGAUGUUCAAUGGUAACACAAUACCGGGUGCCAAAGAUCCACUAUUGGUGAAGUUCGCCGAUGGCGGACCCAAAAAGAAGAAUCUCUUCAAGACCCCCGACCCGAAUGCCCGUGCGUGGCGCGAUGUCUCCGCCGAGGGCAUACCCGUCACCUAUGACCCGAGCAUGCAGCAGAACGGUGUCAGCGUCAAUGUGGGCACUCCCAUCGGUGUGCCGUAUUCGCGUUUCGGUGCCCCCCAGGUGGGUGGCUAUCCAGUGGCUGGGUCCCAGUGGAUACCCGGCUACAUGAUGACCCAACCGCUCGCUCAGGUAGACGAUCAGAAUAUUCCGUCUCUCUUUUUGCAGUACAUGCAAAUGGCUGCCGCUCCGCAGUUGGGCGUCACCUCAUACAAGCCGGAGGCCGUCAAUCAGGUGCAACCACGCGGCAUUUCGAUGAUGGUCAGUGGCGACACGGCCGUGCCAUAUGGAACUAUGAUGCCACAGUUGGCCACCCUGCAGAUUGGCAACUCUAACUUUUCUCCAUCGUUACAGUAUAUUAGUCCAACUUAUCCAUAUUAUGCACCACAACCAACUAUUAUACCAACAAUGCCAAUGACAGAUUCCGAACAGGCUAGCACAGCUGCAUCACCCGACGAGGCAUACACACAGUAUCCACAUCAAGCCGCUCCCAAAUAG